CCGGAAGUUCCGGAAGAUUACAUUAGAAAUUUUAUGGUGACGAUGGGAUUGGUGAAGUCGCUUGAAGUUUUUCAACAAGAAUGGUUUGAACUGAUAGAAAAGGGCAUCAUAAAACCUCAGGAGUAUGAAUACCUCGAUGACAUUUAUACUGUGAACAUGAGGCUGGAGAAAGAGUUGCAGGACAGUCAGAAGGAAGCGCAGAGAUUUAAGAUAGUGGCCUGUAAAUUCAGAGAUCGCUUCGCCAAGCUCUUAAAAGAGCGCGACCACCACAAACUACUGCACAGACGUCUGUACAUUGAGAACGAGAGGUUAAAGAAGGAUAUGUCAAAGGUCAAGGAGCAUUUUUCUCAGUACGAACCCACCAUCUCUAGAAUGGUCUCGAAAUAUGAGAUCGCCAUGAAGGAGAAAAUGCUGGCGAAGUUGCAAUUGGAAAAAAUUCAAAGGCAGAUAAGUACUCUGCAAAAGAUUCACAAACUCUUCAACAAACAACAAAAACUGCAACAACAACAACGUAAUUCCGGGACAUCUGGCGACAAAAACAAUUCAAAAACUUUUGACAGCAGCAAAAAGCGUCUUUCAUUCUCGCCGGCCGGUGGCGCGAAAAGUGGAGCCAAAAAUGACGGGAAAAAAAAUAGCUGGUCCAAGAUCCCCGCUGACCUUGGCUACAACCCUAAGUUAUCGAAUGUCAAAGUCACUCCAGCUUACCUUCAAAAACCCGACGGCUACAGACUGAACAAGCAAUUUCCAGCCCACGGAGAGGCUGUCACCAGGCUAAAGCAGCCGACAGCAGCCAACCUGGUGGCGACGACAAGCGACGAUAUGACCUGCAAACUUUGGACUUUCCAAAAUUUCAACCUUGACCUUCAGAACUGUCUUCAAGGUCACUCGGACUGGGUCUCCGAUUGUGAUUUCAAUCCCUGCGGAAGUAGUUUGGCAACUGUUUCCGGUGACAACACGCUGAAGAUAUGGGACGUGCACACAACCUGCCUGCUGCAUACGUUCUACGAUCACGUGAGAGCAGUUUGGGGUUGUUCGUGGCACAUAGCCGGAGACCUCGUUGCCACUUGCUCUCUCGACAAGACUGCCAGGAUUUGGGAUUUAAACUGUUUGAGAUGUAGGCACAUAUUGAGAGGGCACAGCGAUUCGGUGAACAGCGUUCAGUUCCUAGAUCACUCCAACAUCAUGCUAACAUCAUCCACUGAUAAGAAGAUUUGUCUCUGGGACGUCAGAAUGAACAUUUGCGGCGGUGUAUACACUGGCCACAAGGAUCCUGUCAAUCAAGCCGGAUUCAACCUAAGGGGCAACUGCAUAAUUUCGUGCGACAUGGGUGGGAAUUUGAAGACGUGGGAUGUUCGGACGAGGGCCCCACUAACUCAACUAACUCUAAGCACUAAAUCAGUGAAUAUGGCGGUCUUCGAUUCGACUGGAACGCUGGCGGUGGCGGCUUGCAACGAUGGUUGUGUAAAGUUGGUCGAAUUGUCCAGUCAGAAGGUGAAGGAGAUGGCUGGUCACAUGGACUCAGUGCAGUGUGUAUACAUGGAUUUUGAUGGGGAAUAUGUUAUCAGUGGCUCUAGUGAUCGCACCAUCGGCAUUUGGUCUUAA